AUGGCACAGUCAGGAGUUCAGCUGGACCGAGAAACUUUCUCUUGUUCGAUCUGUCUGGAUCUACUGAAGGAUCCUGUGACUAUUCCCUGUGGACACAGCUACUGUAUGGACUGUAUUAAACGGCACUGGGAUGGAGAGGACGGGAAGAAAAUCCACAGCUGUCCUCAGUGUAGAGAGACCUUCACACCGAGGCCUGUACUGCUGAAAAACCCGAUGUUAACCAUUGUAGCAAAGGAACUAAAGAAGAAUGGACUCCAAGCUGCUCCUGCUGAUCACUGCUAUGCUGGACCUGAAUAUGUGGCCUGUGAUGUCUGCACUGGGAGAAAACUGAAAGCCCUCAAGUCCUGUCUGGUGUGUCUGGUCUCUUUCUGUGAUCAACACCUUCAGCCUCAUUAUGACUCCUCUGCGUUUGAGAAACACAAGCUGGUUGAGCCCUCCAAGAAUCUCCAGGAGAACAUCUGCUCUCGUCAUGAUGAGGUGAAAAAGAUGUUCUGCCGUACUGAUCAGAAGUGUAUCUGUUAUCUCUGCACUCUGGAUGAACAUAAAGGCCACGACACAGUCUCAGCUGCAGCAGAAAGGACUGAGAGGCAGAAAGAGCUCGAGGUGAGUCAACAAAACAUCCAGCGGAGAAUCCAGGACAGAGAGAAAAAUGUGAAGCUGCUUCAACAGGAGGUGAAGGCUGUCAAUCGCUCUGCUGAUAAAGCAAUGGAGGACUGUGGGAAGAUCUUCACUGAGCUGAUACGUCUCUUGGAGAAAAGAAGCUCUGGUGUGAAGCAGACGCUGGAGCAGGAGAUCACUGAGCUCAAGGGGAAUCAACAGAACAUCCAGCAGAGAAUCCAGGACAGAGAGAAAGAUGUGAAGCUACUUAAACAGGAGGUAGAGGCUAUCAAUCGCUCUGCUGAUGAAGUACUGGAGGACAAUAGGAAGCGCUUUACUAAGCUAAUCGGUCUCAUGGAGAAAAGACGCUCUGAUGUGGAGCAGCAGGUCAGAUCGGAGCAGAAAACUGAAGUGAGUCGAGUCAAAGAGCUUCAGGAGAAGCUGGAGCAGGAGAUCACUGAGCUGAAGAGGAAAGACGCUGAGCUGAAGAAGAUCUCAGACACAGAGGAUCACACCCAGUUUCUACACAACUACUCCUCACUGUCACCACUCAGUGAAUUUACAGACUCUAAAGAUAAAGAUAAAGGUAAAGAUCUCUGUCCUCUGCGCUUCUUUGAAGAAGUGACAGCGGCCACGUCAGAAUUCAGAGAUAACCUACAAGGCAUUCUUGAAGAAAAAUGGACAUACAUCUCACCAGUGGAUGGUUUACUGCCACAACCAGAGUCCAAGAUCAGAGCUGACUUCUUAAAAUAUUCAUGUGAAAUCACAAUGGAUCCAAAUACAGUGAACAGGCAUCUGUUAUUAUCUCAGGGGAACCGAAAAGCCACAUUACUCAUAGAAGAACAGUCUUAUUCUCGUCACCCAGAACGAUUCACUGAUUGUCGACAAGUCUUGAGUAGAGAGAGUCUGACUGGACGUUGUUACUGGGAGGUGGAGUGGACAGGAAGAGGAGUUCAUGUAGCAGUCGCAUACAAGAACAUCAGCAGAGAAGGGAGCUCGGGUCAAUGUGGAUUUGGAUUGAAUGACAAGUCUUGGGCGUUAGAUUGUAACAGAAAAAGUUUUUUGUACAACAAAGUCCAAACUCCCGUCUCAGGUCCUCUGUCCUCCAAACUAGGAGUGUACCUGGAUCACAGUGCAGGUACUCUGUCCUUCUACAGCGUCUCUGAAACCAUGACUCUCCUCCACACUGUCCAGACCACGUUCACUCAGCCGCUCUAUGCUGGACUUUGGUUUUUAUCUUGUGGCACCACUGCUAAGUUCUGUAAACUCAAAUAGACAGUCAUUUAACAGACAAUGGGUUACAUUCAGUGUUUUAAUUCUGAAACUCAUCUUAUCUCCAUGUUCAUUGCUAAGAGAUGUUCUUCACUGCUUAGAGAUCAGCUGUCAAUCACACAUUGUGGGUUGUCAUUUGACAUGUUGUCAUUAGUUCUGUAAAUGCUUGAGUUGUGUUUCUUUAGGUUGCACUUCUUCCUUGAAAAUGUGGAUGGGGGAAAUAUGUACAGGAAACCAUUGAAAAAGAAUCAUUGAACAGACUU